ACUCCUGCACUGACUGCCACUCUCAGCCUCCUUCUGAGCCUGACUCUGCAGCCGCAAUGCAGACCUCCAGACAAGCUGUGGUGGAGCAGAUCACCAGUGACGAUGAGGAGGAGGAGACACUUCGUUCACUACAGCUGGAGGAAGAUGCGGCGCUGGCCCGAUGUCUGCAGGUGGAGGCUGACUCGCACUUUGCUGUGGUGGAGCAGAUCGCUAUCACUGAGGAAGAGGAGGCUGCGGUUUGUUCACGACAGGUGGAGGAAGAUAAGGUGCUGGCCCAACGGCUGCAGGUGGAGGCCGACUCAGACAUCGCUGUGGUGGAGCAGAUCGCUAUCACUGAGGAAGAGGAGGCUGCGGUUCGUUCACGACAGGUGGAGGAAGAUAAGGUGCUGGCCCAACGGCUGCAGGUGGAGGCCGACUCAGACAUCGGUAUGUCUGUGGUAGAGCAGAUUGCCAUCAGCGAGGAAGAGGAGGCUGCGGUUCGUUCAAAGCAGAUGGAGGAAGACGAGGCGCUGGCCCGACGCCUGCAGGUGGAAGCCGACUCACACAUUGCUGCAGCAGUGGAGCAACUCGCCAUCAGUGAUGAUGAGGAGGAGGGCGCUGUUCGUUCACUGCCGACUUUUUUCCCAUCUUUGCUGGCCCGACGCCUGCAGGCUCAGUUUGACCAAGAAGAGUCCGAGUUGCACAGCAGACACCAGCAUCAUCAUCGCCAUCAUCAUCAGGAGAGUCACCACAGGGUUCAUCCCUACACUGAGUCACGCUGGAUGUCUCGGGUGCUCGCUGCCACCACUCCUCAAGUGGACUCUGAAGAAGAGCAGCUCGGUCAGCGUGGGUGGAGCAGGGACACCUCACCUGAAGCUUCAGAUGAUGUUGAGGGAAACGAGUAUGAGGCUCUCCUGGAGUUUGAGGAGCGUCAGGGCGCCGUGGUGUCCAAGAAGCUGAGUCGGGGGGAGAUCCAGAGGUUUCCCACCAAAGUGUUCCAGGGAUCCACUGGCAGCAGUGGGGGGAACACGCAGUGUCAGAUCUGUUGUUGUGACUACGCUGAAGGCGAGAAGCUGAGGAUGCUGCCCUGUUUCCAUGACUACCACGUCCAGUGUAUCGAUCGAUGGCUGAAGGAUAACGCCACCUGUCCCAUCUGCAGAGUUAACCUGGCCAAAGGAGAUGCCGUGGCCCCCCCCGACCUCUGACCUUGUUUCUACUGUUUUCUGUCGGAGCAGACGGGUUUAUGUCUCCCUGAAGGACGACUCAGACUUUUUUAUUUAAAGGUUUGGGUGCUCAUGUGA